GUUGCUAAGCAACCGUCUCCUGCUCGGCAGCUCUUUUCGAAAGCAGGCCAGAGAUUUGCCCGUUUCCAACAACGAUGAUGCAAUGCCCAACGUUGUCAUUCUUCCGGCCUUGGGCAAAUAUGUAACUUUUUUGCAAGGAUGUCAUCCGCGAGCACCGACUCCGGCCGCUGGACCUGGAAGGCCCUGGUGAGAAGCGACCUCUUGGCCCGCGGCUUCCACUCCUGCGAGGUCGUGCGGGGCAACCUGCUGGUCUUCGGGGGCCUGAAGAGCCCCACGGACCCCCCGCUGGGAGACGUCCUGGCCUUCGACCCGGCGACCCAGACGGUGCGCGGCCUGGCCCCGGACGGGGGGGGCCCCGGGUGCCGGCGCAGCCACCACCAGGCCCUGGUCCUGUCCGACCGCUACCUGUGCGCCGUGGGCGGCUGGGACGGAGGGCGGCGGGUCUCGGAGGUCUGGGCCUUCGACGUGGAGCGCCUGCUCUGGGAGCCCUGGGCCCCGGGGACCCCCGCCGGGCAGACCCCCGCCGGGCUCAGCAGCCACACCUGCACCAAGGUCUCCGAGCACCAGGCAAGGGUGGUCGGCCGCGAGGGCGGAAUCCGCACACAGAGGCGCUACGCAAGCAUCUUCAACCUCCACCUGGACCCCCACCGGAAGGCAUACUGGUACGAAGAGGAGGAAUCACGGACGGCUUCUCGGGCCGGACACUCGGCCAUGUUGUUGCCCGAAGGAGGGCCGGCCGGCAAGGUCCGUGGCUACAAGUUGGUGGUCUUCGGUGGCCGCGACUCGGCCGACUGCGACAUUGCCGGGCGGUGGCCGAAGGGCCAGAUUCAGGUCGACGUGGCCUCGGCUCCGGGCCUGACGGAGCAGCUCUCUCGCUUGGUGUCUACCGAAAAGGCCUGUGAGCAUCCUCCGAAGGGCCUGCGGCACCACUCGUGCUCGGUCGUGGGGCCGUUUGCGGUCAUCUUUGGCGGGGAGACGCUGGGGAAAGGCCGCGAUGCCAUCUGCAACGACCUCUACGUCCACGAUGCACGGUCGUCGCCAGGCAAAUGGUUCCACUUCCCUUCCUCCAACCGGGCCCUGAAGAGGAUCGGACACCGGACUUGUCUUCUGAAUGACAAACUGUAUCUCGUGGGGGGUUUUGGGGCCGACGGGAAGACCCCGUGCCCAGAGAUCAGCACCUUGGAGAUUUCCCUAUGAAAUCCAUCGCGAGAACUUCCUGUCGGCUCUUCCACGUCUUCCGAAGCACUUUCCUCCUUCGUUUGUGCCUUUCGGGUUUUCCAGCUAAACAAAUAAAAGCUUUAUCUACCCAAAGGA